AUGCCUUCAACGCUUGAGCUUUGUGAAAAAUUUUAUGGAACUAAAAAUAUAUAUGAAUUGUUCGCGAUAACCAAAAAUGCUUCGGAAAACGACAUUAAGAAAGCGUAUUAUCGUCUCUCGUUGAUUGUGUGUCCAGAUCGAGUUGAGAAAGAAGACAAAAUUGAAGCUACCGAAAAAUUCAAAGUUCUGAGCAAAAUUCACUCGGUUCUCUCAGAUAAAGAUAAACGUGCUUUGUAUGACGCGCAAGGCAUUAUUGAUGAGGACGACGAGGAUUCGCUUGGAGCAAAUUCGUUAGCGAUGUGGCAACAAUCUUUUAAACCAAUUACCAGCGAAGACAUUUCUAAAUUUGAAAAGAAGUUUAUUGGAUCGGAAAUAGAAAAAAGAGACAUCAAAAAAGCUUAUCUGAAUGGUAAGGGUUCUAUGGAUUACAUGCACAACUGUGUUCCUUUUAUGAGCUGUGAAGCUGAACCUCGGAUAAUCAGCAUUGUCAAAGAAAUGAUUGCAUCUGGCGAAGUUCCUGAAUUUAAAACCUUCACUGAGGAACCAGAAUAUAAAAAAGAGCGACGUCGUAAGAAGGAUGCCAGCGAGGCGCGCAAAGCUAAAUCUAUUAAAAGACAAAUGGAAGACAAUAAUUCGGAACAACAAAUUUUACGAUGCCAGGCAGAGAGAGCACAAAAAUUUGAGUCACUAAUUGAAAAGUUGACUUUGAAAUAUAGCGAUGAAAAUACAGACGAUGCUUUCGAUAUUGAUGAAUAUAUAGCGAGAGGACAACCAGGGGCAAAAAAUUCUCCAUUAAAAAGACUUUCAAACAAACGGAUUACAAAGCAAAAUAAACCCACUUCAUAA